AUGGCGGAUUGGGGUCCAGUGUUGAUCGCCGUGAUCCUCUUCGUAGUUCUAACGCCGGGACUUCUUUUCCAGAUUCCGGCGGGAGGCCGAGUGGUCGAAUUCGGGAGUAUGCAGACGAGCGGCGCGUCGAUUCUCGUCCACGCCAUCAUCUUCUUUGGUCUCAUCACUAUCUUCACCAUCGCCAUUAACGUCCACAUCUAUUCCGCAAUGGCGACUUCAAUAGCUCGAUUAUCUCGGAGAGGAGUAACUUCUAACCUGAUCCGUCGUUGUUUCGCUGCGGAAGCGGCUUUGGCGAAGAAUACGGAGGCACCCAAGCCUAAAUUGACGGUUUCGCCGGCGCCGGAUCGUGUGAAAUGGGACUACAGGGGACAGAGACAGAUCAUUCCUUUGGGUCAGUGGCUUCCGAAGGUGGCCGUUGAUGCCUACGUGGCACCCAACGUUGUGUUGGCCGGUCAGGUCACGGUCUGGGACGGCUCGUCCGUCUGGAACGGUGCGGUUUUGCGCGGCGAUCUCAACAAAAUCACCCUCGGAUUCUGCUCGAAUGUCCAGGAACGGUGUGUUGUCCAUGCUGCUUGGUCAUCCCCAACAGGAUUACCAGCAGAGACAUUGAUCGACAGGUACGUGACAGUGGGUGCAUACAGUCUUCUGAGAUCAUGUACCAUCGAACCAGAGUGCAUCAUCGGGCAACACUCGAUACUAAUGGAAGGUUCGCUGGUCGAGACCCGCUCAAUCCUGGAAGCUGGUUCGGUUUUGCCGCCAGGGAGAAGGAUCCCAUCAGGUGAACUAUGGGGAGGCAAUCCAGCAAGAUUUAUAAGAACCUUAACCAACGAAGAAACUUUGGAGAUCCCGAAACUCGCUGUAGCGAUCAACCACUUAAGCGGAGACUACUUCUCUGAGUACCUACCUUACUCCACUGUCUACUUAGAGGUUGAGAAGUUCAAGAAGUCCCUUGGAAUCACUGUUUAG